GCUAAUGUACCCUGAGUUUGGGUAAAGAUACAGUUCUCUUUUUACAAAAAUUUCCCCCCCCCCCUGAAUUUGUUCUUUGACCCUCUAACAUUCUGAACUUGAGCUUAAAUGUUAACACUGUCAUACAGAGCAUCAAUCUACAUUUUAUGACUGGCAGUGUUGUGUGCUCUGUGUGCACCAACAAUCCUAUCCUACAUGAUUGUGUAUGAUUAUUGUCUAGGAUGUUGAAUGCCAUACAGUGUCACAGGUCAAUGAGUUUUCAAAAAUGGACUGCUGGCUUUAUGUAGCUGGCAUAACCGAUUGUUUGCCUUACCAUGUACGUAUCCCUCUAUGGUCUAUGAUCUACAUGCAGAUAAGCUCAACAUACAUUUGAAGUAGGUAUUAGUUUGCACGGACAGAGUCGGACAACAUUCCUCUGCAGUAAUGUGUAACUUGAGAGUAGCUGAGAUGAAGGAUUUACAACUUUCAGCCAAUAAGCAGCCUCUACCCUAGUGACAACAAGCCAUCUUGGUUUACAAAGCCUCAUUGGUCGGGAUGGGAGUCUUUUAGUUCAUCAGGGGGCAGGCACUGGAUAGCUGAAGACAACCAGUUUAACAAGAGUAUCCAGUGAGGGCAUGAAGAUUCUAAGUCUACUUCUCUCGUUAUCUCUGUCCGCCGUCAUGUGUGGCCGAAAUGCUCAUAGGAGAACAAGCAGUAUGAAGUCACUCCAAUGUGAUCAGGGCUUCUGGAAACGAAAGGGCAAUGACAUCGAGCAUUCCUGCUAUGGACAAUCUGAGACACUUCGAUAUAAAAUAGAGGAUGGAAUGAAGACAAUUAAAAGCAGGGAGUACCAACAUUUAACAUCGUUUAGUAUCAACAAUGAACAGUACCAGCUCUUCACCGACAAGAAAUCAGUAAUCAUGACUAAAUGGAAUGAAGACGAGGACGAUCUACGUGAGAAGCAGAGGCUUCGCAUCCCAAGUGCGUACAGCGCAGAGGUAAUCUUCCACAACGAGAACGCCAUAUUGUUAGUUGCAGUUUACAGCAUUAGCAUAGGAUGUAUGUAUUGCAACGUCCACGACAACAAGAACCCAAGCAGAGCAUACCACUGGGAUCACUCCAGAAAUAUCUUUGAGGAGGACCAUUUUAAAAAUCUGCCGUCGACGGGCUCUAUACUGUCUUUCUCGGAACGAUACCGCGAUAGAAGCACUGUAAUCAGCGUCUUUGCAAAGUGUGGCUGCAACACUAGAAUAUAUUACUUGGAUACGAACGAGUCCGGCAUAGUGUUUAAGGAGAUUGAUCAGAACAACAGCUUACCAUCAAGCGGCAUGGUCAUUCAGUCUGUGCGCUCCCUAAAAACACAGUACAUUCUGUUCGCACCUCUCAAUAGAUUCAACGAGAGGGAGUCAAUAAGCAUAUUCAAAUGGACACAGAACACAGGAUCAUUGACUUUCCACAGACAUCUCUCCACUUACAUUAACGAGGAGACGGGCCUCAGCACAACAGUUUUCAAGAAUGACGUCUUCCUCUGCAGUGUAUCUGACGCCUCUAGGAAUGUGACCAUAUUCCGGCUGAAGCCGAACCAAGGACAUCUUGAGGAGACAGGACACAUUCAAGGAGAAGUGGCAUUCUCAAUGUGCAAGUUCUUUACCGAGGACCAUGAGCUCUACGCCGCCGUUGGGUUUCAGAGCAAAGUGAAACUGCUGCAGUACGACCCGCUUACAGGAAACUUUGCCGAUGCUGGUAGCCUUCCAGGGGCCAGGAACACCAUUGAUUUAAUAAGCUUCCAGAGCAGGGAUGAUGCAUACAUAGUCACUGCAAGCACAAAGAGACAUAACAGGAGUUACUGCAAGAACAAGGUCUACAGAAAGAUUCACUCCCCAUCGUCGUGAGCCUCACCUCACUCAAAGUUUGAAGGCGCUGGACACUAUUGCUAAAUAAAUGUUAGCAUAAAAACUUACUUGGUAAGGAGCAAUGGAGA